CGGCCCAUGGAGCCUCGGACGGGAGGACGCGGGGCUGCCCGGGGCCCGGGCUCGCAUCUGUCCUGCCCCGCGUGAGGCACGAGACGCCAGGCCCCGAGGAGCCGCCGCGCCGCAGGAAGUUGAGGGAUCGCGAUCCCGAUCCCGAUCCCGAGUGUGCUUUGGAGAGACAACACCCCCCCCACCCCAGCGCUUCGGGAGGAGCUGACAACAUGGCUUCCCCGCCGCACCAGCAGCUGCUGCAUCACCACAGCACCGAGGUGAGCUGCGACUCCAGCGGAGACAGCAACAGCGUGACGGUCAGAAUCAACCCGAAGCAGCACCAGGGCUGCACCUCUGCCAAGCACUGCAAGUACAGCAUCUCCUCCAGCUGCAGCAGCUCCGGGGAGUCGGGAGGCCCCCGCCGGGCAGCUGGAGGAGGGGCAAGCAGCAGCUCUGGUCUCCGCAGGCAGAAGAAGGUGCCUCAGCUCUUUGAGAGGGCCUCGUCCAAGUGGUGGAACCCCAAGUUCGACUCCAACAACCUGGAGGAGGCUUGUAUGGAGAGGUGCUUCCCCCAGACACAGCGCCGGUUUCGCUAUGCCCUCUUCUACAUUGGGGUGGCCUGCCUGGUCUGGGGCAUCUACUUCAGCAUCCACAUGCAAGAGAAAUUAAUGGUCUUCACCAUGCCAGCUCUGGGCUUCCUUUUGGUCUGCAUAGCAUUUUUUAUGUUCACCUUCACUCAGACUUAUGCCCGCCAUUAUGUUUGGACCUCACUGAUCCUCACUCUCUUGGUUUUUACUUUGACUCUGGCUCCUCAAUUUCAAGCUCUGACAACUCUGUCAGGGAGAGGUGACAUGUCCAAUCAUACUUCUCUUGCAAGAACUGCAGAUGCUUCUCUUUCUCAAGUAGGCAGUUUUUCUAUGUGUAUUGAAGUGCUCUUGUUGCUCUACACAGUGAUGCACUUACCCUUGUAUUUAAGCUUGUUCCUUGGGUUGUUGUACUCAGUCCUUUUUGAAACCUUUGGUUAUCAUUUCCGUGUUGAAUAUAAUUUUACGCCCAUUGAAGCCAAUGCAGCUUAUUGGGAGCAGUUGAUGAGUAAAACCUUACUUCACAUUUGCAUCCAUGCUAUUGGCAUUCAUUUAUUUAUCAUGUCUGAAGUCAGAUCAAGGAGCACAUUCCUAAAAGUGGGGCAGUCAAUCAUGCAUGGAAAAGACUUGGAAGUAGAGAAAGCCCUGAAAGAGAGGAUGAUUCAUUCUGUAAUGCCAAGGAUAAUAGCUGAUGACUUAAUGAAACAAGGGGAUGACGAAAGUGAGAACUCCGUUAAACGUCAUUCCACCUCAAGCCCCAAAAGCAGAAAGAAAAAACCUUCCAUACAGAAAACUCCCAUUAUUUUCCGUCCUUUUAAAAUGCAGCAGAUAGAGCAAGUGAGUAUUUUGUUUGCAGAUAUUGUUGGCUUCACUAAAAUGAGUGCAAACAAAUCUGCCCAUGCUCUGGUGGGGCUUUUGAACGACCUAUUUGGCCGCUUUGACCGUUUGUGUGAGGAUACAAAAUGUGAGAAGAUAAGUACUUUGGGAGACUGUUACUACUGUGUAGCCGGAUGUCCAGAGCCCCGAGCAGAUCAUGCCUAUUGCUGCAUUGAGAUGGGUUUGGGUAUGAUUAAAGCCAUUGAACAGUUUUGCCAAGAGAAAAAAGAAAUGGUGAACAUGAGAGUUGGUGUUCACACUGGGACAGUCCUGUGUGGUAUUUUGGGGAUGAGGAGGUUUAAGUUUGAUGUGUGGUCCAAUGAUGUCAACUUGGCCAAUUUAAUGGAGCAGCUGGGGGUUGCUGGAAAAGUCCAUAUUUCAGAAGCUACUGCAAAAUAUUUGGAUGACCGUUACGAGAUGGAGGAUGGAAAGGUGAUUGAACGAGUUGGUCAGAGUGUGGUGGCUGACCAGUUGAAAGGGUUGAAGACUUACCUGAUAUCUGGUCAGAAAGUCAAGGAGCCCCAUUGCAGUUGUGCACAAGCAUUGCUUUCUGGCCUGGAGUCAGGGGAUGGUACCAAGGUACAGGCAGUGCCAUCAGUGGAGAGCAUUGGUGACAUGACGAAGACUCUCAGGCACUCACAAAAACUGAAGACUUGCCCUUCAUGUAGUGUUACAAUUGCCACCAACUGUGAUGUCAGUAUAGAGGAAGGAGCUAUCCAAAAUGGCUGUCAGGAUGAACAUAAAAACAGUACUAAGGUUCCUGGUGGACACAGUCCGAAGACCCAGAAUGGACUUUUGAGUCCUCCACAGGAAGAAAAGCUCAGCAAUAGCCAGACAUCACUUUAUGAAAUGUUGCAAGAGAAAGGAAGAUGGGUAGGAGUGAGCUUGGAUCAGUCAGCACUUCUUCCACUGAGGUUUAAAAACAUCAGAGAGAAGACAGAUGCACAUUUUGUAGAUGUGAUUAAAGAAGACAGCCUGAUGAAAGACUAUUUCUUCAAACCACCUAUUAACCAGCUGAGCCUGAACUUUCUGGAUCGGGAUUUGGAGAUGGCCUACAGGACCAGCUAUCAGGAAGAGGUUAUAAGGAAUGCACCUGUGAAGACAUUUGCCAGUGCUACCUUCAGUUCACUCCUGGAUGUGUUCCUCUCCACAACAGUCUUCCUUAUACUCUCUAUCACUUGCUUCCUGAAACAUGGGAUGGCCAGUUCCCCUCUCCCACCUGCAGCAGUUGUUGUAUUCAUCAUUGCCAUCCUGUUGGAAGUGCUGUCCCUUAUCGUCUCAAUUAGAAUGGCAUUCUUUCUGGAGGAGGUGAUGACUUGCACUAAGCGUCUCCUGGAGGUGAUUGCUGGCUGGCUGCCUCGACAUUUCAUCGGUGCAAUUCUGGUGUCCCUCCCUGCUCUUGCUGUCUUUUCCCAUGUCACCUAUGAGUUUGAAACAAACAUCCAUUAUACCAUGUUUAUGUGUUGUGCGAUUCUGAUCACCAUUGUUCAGUACUGUAACUUCUGCCAGCUUAGCUCCUGGAUGAGAUCUUCAUUGGCCACUGUUGUAGGAGCAGUGCUUCUCAUCUUGCUCUACAUCUCUUUAUGUCCAGUGAGCUCCAUAGAAACUUCCCACCUAGAUUCAGCACAGAACAUAAGUUCCAGGAAGAAUGCAUGCAAUAGUUCAGAGCCAAAUGAUACAAAGAAGCCAGCAGACCUGAUUGGUCAGGAAGUAAUACUGGUUUUCUUUCUUUUGCUCCUUAUGGUUUGGUUUCUGAAUCGGGAGUUUGAAGUCAGUUACCGCCUUCUCUACCAUGGAGAUGUAGAAGCUGAUCUUCAUCGUACCAAAAUACAGAGCAUGAGGGAUCAGGCUGACUGGUUGUUAAGGAAUAUUAUUCCAUAUCAUGUGGCAGAGCAGUUGAAGGUCUCCCAGAGUUACUCCAAAAACCAUGACAGCGGUGGAGUAAUUUUUGCUAGUAUUGUGAACUUCAGUGAGUUCUAUGAGGAGAACUAUGAGGGAGGCAAGGAGUGCUAUCGAGUCCUGAAUGAACUGAUCGGGGACUUUGAUGAACUGCUGAGCAAACCACAUUACAGCAGCAUUGAGAAAAUCAAAACAAUUGGGGCAACAUACAUGGCAGCUUCAGGACUAAAUACCUCUCAGUCUCAGGAUAACAAUCAUCCACACGGACAUUUGCAAACCCUUUUUGAAUUUGCCAAAGAAAUGAUGAGAGUGGUAGAUGACUUCAACAACAACAUGCUCUGGUUUAAUUUUAAACUUCGUAUUGGCUUUAACCAUGGCCCCCUCACUGCUGGGGUCAUUGGCACCACCAAGUUGUUAUAUGACAUUUGGGGUGAUACCGUUAACAUUGCUAGCAGGAUGGACACUACUGGAGUGGAGUGCCGGAUACAGGUGAGUGAAGAGAGCUACCGUGUCCUAAACAAGAUGGGGUAUGACUUUGAUUAUAGGGGGACAGUCAAUGUGAAGGGGAAGGGUCAAAUGAAGACAUACCUUUACCCAAAAUGCAUGGACAAUGGGAUUGUGCCACAUCACCAGUUGUCUAUAUCUCCAGACAUUCGAGUUCAAGUGGAUGGCAGCAUCGGGCGGUCUCCAACUGAUGAGAUUGCUAAUCUGGUGCCUUCUGUACAGAAUUCUGACAAGGUAUCUCAUAGCUCAGAUAACAGCUCAGAACCCAAGGACAUGCUUCCUUCCUCCAAAAGGCUCCAAAAAGAUUCAGUGAAAGCAGAAGACAGAUGCAGGUUUGGAAAAGCUGUAGAGAAAAAUAACUGUGAGGACACAGGAACUGAGGAGGCAAAUGAACUGACAAAGUUAAAUAUCUCUAAGAGUGUAUGAUGCAGUGGCAGAGAGCUGCAUGAUGUGCUCUGUCCAUAGAAACACAAAGACAUUUGCAGUUGGCUGUUUUCUUUUUUGAAGAAAGACAUUCUCAAUGCCUGGGUUGUACGUUUGUUUUCCUUUCUGCACCUGAUGCUGUGUAGAUCACAGUUCUUCAGGGCUCAUUUUCAUCCAUCUUUCCUCCAUGCCCCUUAACCCUCACCCCAAAUGCCCCAGCUCCCUGUGUAAACAUCUUUUAGCUGAGAGGAGAAUAUUAAGUGCCUUCAGAUAUACUCCAUCGAACUCCCUAUCAAGGUACAGAAGCCCCAAGUAAAAUUAUAGUUUUGGGUAUCUCUAAUUUAAAAAAAAAAAAGUUGUGGUUAAGAUACCAUUUUUAUUAUUGUUUCCUGCAAAACACUUUUUUUGGAUAAUGCAACUCCUUGGGUUUUUUAUAUCUGUAUGAAUAAUAUUUUACUCUUAUCAGACCUUUUCUGUGUAAAUACACGGACAGAAUGUAUGUGUAUCUACCAUAUGAGACUGAGAUAAAAAGUGCCAGUAAUGUACCACAUGAGGAUGUUUUUAACAGAUUCACAGGAGUUUAAGGCUGGAAGAGGGGAUGACAACAUUUUGCUUUGUUGGGCUGGAGAAAGAGUUGAGUUCCACAGUGGCUCAGUGUUUGGACACAGCAAGCCAGUCAGCUGCUGUUAACUUCACUCUCCAUUACAAUUGCUUUGAUCAAACGUAGGUGUCAUUGUGUGCUUUGGAUAUAUUGCUUUCCUUACAUCCAGCAGGUCAUUGCUAUGUGGGUAUGGAAGAAGGGUUUGGACUUCACCAGCUCUCAGGAUAGGGUUCCAAAAGCAAACAAAUUACUGUUAAAAUUUCUGCAAUCCAAGUCUCAGGUAUUUUCAUUUUGCCCCCCUACCCCAUUGGAAUUUGUGAGGUUCUAGGUCAAGCUGAUAUCUCCUAAAGCUGGUCUAGUUUCAGAGAGAACAUAUAAAAGUUCUGGGGUUACAAUGUAUUUAUUUAUUUAUUUAUAAUUCUAUUUUUUUUCAUUUUGUUUUUGAGAAGGUUUUAGGAUUAACAGGGGUGGUAAUUAGUGUAAUGAAAAGUAAUUAGAUAUCCAUUAGUGUUUCAGCCUUCAAACUACCAACCACUCUGAGGAUGUUACCUGGGAAAUGUUUGUUUCAAAACUGGUGAGACCAUUAAAGACUCCAAAUGCAGGCUUAUUCUGAUAAAACCCAGCUUCCCUCCUGAACCAAAUUAAUGGUGCUGUACAAUAUUUUUCAGAAUUUGCCCCUAUCCUUUGCUUUUGAAACAGGAAAUAUAAUGCUUCCCAUGUGCCUGCUAAAGCAGGAAUCAGGAUGGAGUCUCGUUGUCGUGAGCUGAUAAGCACAAGAAUAUACUAAUCCUACAACAGACUUUGUGUUGCAGACCCUGGUGUCUGCAGAAGAGGACAUCAGUGGGAAUCUGUGUGGACAUAGGGUCUGUCUGCACAGAGCAAUUGCAGGAUAGGGGGCUUAGAUUAAUAGAUUGUAAGGCCGGGACCUCAGAAGAUUAUUGGGUCCAGCCCCCUGCACCAAGCAGGAAAGAUAACUGAGGGUCAGGUGACCCCAGCAAGGUGACUGUCUAGUCUCCUAUUUGCCUCUUCCAUAGUUUAGAACACUUAUUUCUAUUUUUAUUAACUGAAUGACCCACUUUGGAUAACAUUAAACAUUGUAAAGUUCAAUUUAGACAAAUACUAGCUGCAUCAAAUAAUAUUUAUCCCCAAAUAAAUUCACUGGCUGUGGGAAAUAUGGGGACAUGGGGAAAUGCAGAGCUGUUUUGCCUGCAUGUUCAUAUUUUUAAAUUAACUUUCCAUCUUCAGUCUGAAGAAGUGAUUUAACAUGGAAACUAUAAUAUAUUUACACUCGCUACUUUUUGUUCCUAAUGUGACUCUAGUGUUAAAAUCAUAAAAAGAGCCCAAGCUCUCACUUAGCUGUUUGAGAUGCUAUCUGCAAUCCAACUUUAGUACCAGCUUCUUAAGUUUUUCUCAUAUUUAAAUGUACAGGGUUUUGGUUUUGGAUCCCAGUUGUAUUAAACAUUAUUCUAUAUACUCUUGUUACAAUAACAGCUCUUUUUAUGUUUCAAAAAUCCUUGAUUGCCAUGGUAGCUGUUUAACAUGACUGAAGUGUUAAAACUUCCAGCAAUGAACAACAUCAAAAAACCUAUACUGGGCAUUUAACUUCCACCCUCAUACAGAGAAUACUCUAUGCCUGAUUUUGAUAGUUGCUGCCAAGCAACAGUGUCAUAGUUUUGGGGUUUUUUUUCUCAGUGUGAAGGUGCAUAACAUCCUUCAUUGUCAGUAACUAUACAUUUUGUCUCUUUUUUUCUUCUGUGUACCUUUAAGAUGAGUGUAAUGCACUCUGAGACAUACUCCUAGAAUCCUCUUCAGAAUUUUUAUUUCAGUUUCUUAAAUAAUAACUGUUGCUUUUCUUCUAGUGGAGAAGUUGUUAUUGUCCGAGAUUGUUUACAUGCCAGAGUAUGUCUCUUGAAGUUGCUACAUCCCUUUUUCACCCCAUUUAUUCUUUCUGAUUUUGAUGGCCUAGGUAGGUCCAGUGAUUAAAUGGUAUUACUCGUAUUAUUGGUAUUAAAUGGAAGUUAAUUUUAGCAGUGUUAGCAGCUGAGCCAUCGAGCUGUGACCAUGUCUUAUUUCUAACUUAAAAUACCAUGCAAUUAUUAUACUUCUACCCAUCACAAUCUUGCAUCUACAAGAGAUAUACACACUGAAACUAGAUGCAAGGGAACAGUGUAGUCCAGGGAUUGGAACAGGACUUGCCACUGAGAGAACCUGUUUUUAAUUAUUACAGUAGUUAUUUUUCAGUACAAAGGCUUACAAAAUGAAUAAAGCCAGUGGUUAGUCACUGUGUUUUACCACAUGUGUAUUGUUAGUCUUCUGGUAACAUCAGGGUACUGAAAUGGUUGCAUAACUUAGUAGUAUCAUGGCCACCUUUUCUUGUGCCAUUAUGCAAGUAAAAUGGCUGAGGACAGAAAUAUGUCUGGGCUCUGAAAACAAGAGAUGUUCUCUGUUCUUGCGCUGGAUUUGUUCUGUGUAGUGAUAAUAUCUGGAUUAAGUGCAGCUAACAUUAUUUGGCUUCAAAAUUUAAUGUCCGUGAACAGUGUACCUCUGUUAGCUUAUUGCCAUGAGAAUGACAGCACCUUCACUUCUUCAUCUCCGAGAUCUUGAAUUUUUGUAUGCAAUUCAGAAAUAAAGCUAUCGCUGAAAUAGUUUUAAUGGGUGAGAAUUUUUAAGGCUCAAAGGACAGCUAAGGAUUCUUCUGUUGAAGUCAGUGGGAGGUGCAUACCAAACUCUCAUUUGUGCCUUUGAAAAGUUGUGCCAGUCCUUGCAUAAAUAAGGGAUCUGUGGAUGUUCUUAAAAACUGUCUCUGUGCCUCAGAGUCAAAAGACAGUCCAUGUUGCACAUUUGUUUGCAGUAGGUUAGUAUAAAAGAUUUUUACAGAAUACUUUGUGUCUGAUCUGCUCUUUGCACCAUAGUUUUAAAAGAAACAUAAAUAAUGUAAAAAUUCUUCCUUUGGCCAUGUAACCUUAAAUGGAUAUUACAAAAAGUUAGUGCCUUGUUUUCUCUUUUCUAUAUUUUAAAAUGAGUUAAGGCAGAUUACUGUAGAAUCACCAAGAAAAAAAAGGUUGUUAAAUGUUUUCAUGCCUGGAUGUUGUUCUUCAGCCAUCAGUCUCUUUUGAGUGGUACUAGAUUUUAGACAGUGGAGGAAGAUGCAACCUUUCCUUAAUCUUCUGGUGAUCUGAUACAGUUGGUCUGUAAGACAAAACUGAUUAGCUCCUUAUUCAGUGCAGCUAGUGCUAAAGAUGCUAGCUGCUAGUCAGCAGCUCCUGCUUUCCCCCUAAUAUUCUUAGUCCAGACUUAACCUUGGAAUUUAAUGGGGCUUUGAGAUGGCAUAGGAUAGAGACAGGUUGAUGGAGUUGUAAAAAAGGGCUAAACAACCACAUCUCUCACUCUUCUUUUGUUUAACACAAAUUUGCCAACACUGACAGAGCUUCACAGAAAGCAUUACCUCUGAAUCUGGGCAUGGUUCAUUAUAGAAAAGAGGGAUCUGUGAGGAAAGAGAAAAAGAAAUAUUAGCAAAAAUAAACUAUACUUCCAAGUGUGUGAAGACUUAUCACUGGAUUGAGGAAAGUCUUUUAGGAUGCCUGUAAACUUUUGUAUUUUAAAAUCACAUAACUUAAAUUUGUUUCCUUAACUUCCUUUGAUACUGAAUUUUCAAAUGAUUUACAAUGUCAGGACAAAUGUCAAAUAUCAUAUGCUGCUCCCAUGUAAAAUACGGAAGGUGAAUGAUUAUU